UGCCAACCGAACAGUCAAAAAAGUAACUAAUCUUCGAUGGUUCGGGUAAUGAGUUUAAAACCGAAAUUUUGAUAAAAAUACUGGAAAAUAUAAAAUAAAUCCGAUAAUAUGACAAUGGGAAGAAGUUUUUCGGGGACGUACGUAGGAUAAGCGAUAACCGCCGUUCUCAAGUUUCAACGACCCCAUGCAAUCAAAUGAAGGAUUUUAAGUUAUUUUCUUGCGGAGCCGGUGUCCUUUACUAGUUAACAGGUCUUCACCCAAAAUGUUUAAUUUUUUGGAUCCCAAAUUACUACCCAAACUAAUUAGAAAACCCAUGUGCACGGACAAUUAUGAGGUAGAGAACCUUAUAAGCUCAAAACAAUUGGAAAAAAUGAAAGGAUUUAUCGCUUAUCCUUCCGUAAAACCACCGGUGGAAAUUGAGUUUGAGCUACUUUGUAGCGUAAACAUAUUUUACAUAAUCCUCAACACUUCAGUAGGCAACCAGAGAUGUAACGGUAUAGAAAUAUUUGCAAAAACCACUCAUUCCCCAUACGUUUCACUUGGAAGGGCAAUUUAUGAGACCCAAGGGGUGGCGUUUUGCAACAACCGAAAAUACUCAGGGUCAAACCCACCACCUGGCAUCAGUACCAAUCAUUCCCUACAUUUCUUUAAAAAGGGUUCUCACACGAGUUUCCUCCAAGCUUCUAAAGUGAAAAUUGUCAUUUUCAAAACCGAAAAGUCAGUUCCUUGUAUGGCCUCAGCUGAAAUCUGGGGUGUGCCAUCAAAAUCUUGUUCACAGAAAACUCGAGAAACUGUGCAGAAGUUGUUUCAUCCUAAAAUUCCUAGUUUAGAGUCGAAUAUGCUUGAUAAGGAGGAUAAGGACAGUUUUAACAUUCCAAGAGACUUUAAGGACGAUUUAACGUUUGAACUGAUGUCCAUCCCUUACACGUUGCCUAGUGGAAACACUAUAGACUUGAGCACGUUAGAGAAGCACAAGGAAAGUGAAGUUUCAUUAGGAAGAAAACCGUGCGAUCCGUUCACUGGAGUCAAAUUUACUGAUAAUUCUAAACCAAUUUUAAAUGUGGGUCUUAAGAGUAGGAUCGAUAUGUUCUUGCUUAAAAAUAGCCAUAGAAAAGAAACAUUUCAGCUAAAAAGAAGCUUAGUGGGUUUACAAAAUGAUAAUCAUAAAAAAUUUAGGACGAUGCUCGCUGAACCUGGUUCUAGUUCCGGUCACAGUUGUAGUGCGGAUAAUUUGGACCAGUUAAUAGAAAAGUCUAAGAAAAGUGAUAAUUUUACGUGUUUUACAGGCGAUUCGGGAAAAAGUUGUAGGUGUAUUUGGUGUAAAAAGAAUUUUGAAUAUUUGUAUAAACUACCUUGUGAACAUUUCUAUUGCCGACAAUGUUUAUUAGAUAUGUGUAAAAUUAAUUGUGUUUGUAAGGAAUGUAUGAAACAAUUUGUUAAAAGUGAGGUAAUAAAAGUCGAUUUUUAAUAAAACAUGAGGAUCAGAAUGGCAA